AUGGCGCCCUGCCCUUACCGAAUUGUUUAUCCGGGUCCUAAUAAUGGGAAAGUGGCAUUCAAACGCGAUGAAAUGCUCCCUGGCCACUUCAUUCGAUAUGAUGUCCAAAAUGGAACAAAACAGCGAUUGCCAGAUUGGUGGCACCUGAGUGAAAGCAUGAGUUUUACCGCACAGGAUGGCGUUAUUUACAACCGUGGCGACUUUCUAGAAGUAGACACUGGUUCAGCGAUUAACUCCAUCGCCCUGCUUCUCGAAGUGCGCCAAAAGUAUCUGCGGGUUUUUUUGGAUGUAUCGAUCGAGCGACAUGCUGGCAAAACCAAGAACGGAGUGUUCCGGACUUUAUAA